UCGUUAGCGGAGGCACCGACAAUUCUUCCAUAGCCGAACUCAAUAGAUUCUUAACCGCGAAUCACCAAGUCCCGAUGAAAUUUUAUCAACAAUUCUUGGACAUAUGUAAGGCCAAAGUUGUUAUAAAAUCAAAUUCUUCGUUUAACAUCAACAACGAUACGGUAAUAGUCGUCGACGUGAGCCCAACAAAACGGCUCUCGUCAACUAUGUAACCACCAGAUCGGCAGCGGCCAUGACCAGACAGUUGGUCAACGACGCAGAAGAGAAUCAGUCGUCUUUUGUCGUCUCGGUUUCAUCGAAAAAUCUCGACUACGGGCUGGUGCGCUUCAACAUCACCGAAGAUCUUAUGGACAGUAUACCUAGAUGCAUGAGUGAAUAUUACACGAUUCUCAAAGAGGGAGCUAGACGUUAAAGAAGUUUUCAAUUUGGAGGCGAUCAUCAUCAUGCCGAAUUGCGAUUGGGGUCGUGCUUGUUGUUGUAGCGCCUGUAGGUCGGUGCACCGUGAAGGCAAUAAAUGUUCGCGAUGUGCCGUCGAGUGUGUAGAUUUGAUCGAAAUUGUCGAUUUACAAGUUGAUCGCAAAAGCGCUUCCAGUUACGAGAUGAGAUUUCUAUGUCCCGUUUGCAACGAUAAUCACAAGUUGGAGGAAGAAGUAAUGAAAUCAAAUCGCAAACAGCGUAGAGACGACAUCAAACAAUUGUACCGACUGUUGUACGAUCACUUGAAGCAACUCCAAGAAAAUAGACCCGUAAACGAUCGGGUGGUGCGCGUUUGUGAGUUGUACAAAAAGAUGAAUAUUUCAGCGCCUGCGAAUUUCCAAAAGAGCUUCGUCAGACGACUACCUAUUAAAUAUGAAAAAAUUAAUAAUCGCUAUUACUGCAGCGAAUCG